UUUCACUCCCUUUGUAUACAUACGGGCAUUUACGCCUGUCCGCCAUUUUGUGGGUCAAGACUGACGCGUGUAAAAGAGAAUCACAUGUUAUAUUUAUAAAUAACUGUGACGCUAUGACCUCCAUAACCAAAACGAAAGAGAAAACAGGAAAGUUAAAGUACACAGACUCGUUGGAUUAUGUUUCAAGAGAAAGAUAUAACGAAAAACUUAAAUUAGUCGAUGGGAAAGACCCGUACGAGGUUUCUAACAAAGAGUGGUCGAGGGAGAGGGACAAUUUUCCAGAUAUUACGUAUCCGGACAUAGUGAACUAUUUGGUUUAUAGCAAAAGUGCAUAUACAUUUGAAGACUUCAAAGCUUACAAAUCAUUGGAGGCUUACAACCAGUUUGUUUGUGGCUGGGUUACAGAUGUUUGCCAUUCAGUAAUCAACUGUAAACAUCUUCUGCUUGCCAAAGUUCGUCAUUUACAGAGAAUGAAUGACCCCCCUCUGAAACCAUGAGUAAUAGCCGUGAAAUGUGGAACCAUAGAAACUGCACAUUGUAACUGCAUGGCUGGACUUUGAGAGGCCUGUAGCCAUGUUGGUGCCCUACUAUUUUAUCGACGCAGCAGUGAAAAUCAAAAACUCAAAGACUGUGACAGAAGAACCUGCAUAUUGGAAACCCCCAUCCGGCUUGCAGAAAGUGCAGUAUAAACCUAUUAAAGACAUAAACUUUCAGUCAGCAAAGGCAAUGAAGAAAACGCUGGAGGACAACAUAACUACUAGAAACACCCCUAGACGAGCAGGAGGGAUAAUGCUUCCAGAUGUUCCACCGCCUACUGAAGGCCAAAUCUCUACAUUUCUUAGGAAAGUCCUCAGCAAUAACACUAAAUCAGUCAUUCUAACUGUGAAGGAGGAGUUCUCAAAUGCAUAUGUACCAAAGUGCACUGAAGAAGCCUUCCCAACUCUACUCUCAGAACUAUACAGUGAAGAAUAUGAGAAAUUAUCAAAGGAUAAGUGUUUGGCCAAAUGUGAAGAUAUAUUUGCAUCCUUGUGUGUUAGAGGAGCAGUGCAAGUUUACUGAAGAAGAAACAAGAGAUCAGUCUAGCAACAAAACAUGGCAUCAUAUAUGAACAGGGAGGAUUACAGCUUCUCGAAUGAAGAGCGUGUGUGUUACAUCCAUAGACAAUCCAUCAAAGAGUUUGGUAAAUGCCAUUUGCCACCCAACCACAAUAAAAUUCUCCACAAAUGCAACUCGCUGGGGAUGUAAUCAUGAGGAAUUAGCUCGGGAAUAUUACAGCAAGGAGAUGGAAAAAAACCAUUAGAAUUUUAAAUGUGAAAAAAGUGGACUUGUAUUAAAUCCAAACUUCCCGCACUUCGAAGCCUCUCCUGAUGCAGUGGUGUCAUGUGAUU